UACUUGUCACGCUGAACACACCUUUGGGCAGAAUGCAUUACUGAACGCAUACUUCACUACAUAAACUCGUAAUUGGAGGAAAAUUUGCGGAAAAGUGAACAAAACGCACAAUCGCACCACAAAGAGGAAAAUUUACAGCAAAUACUUAUUUACAGAUCGAUUUCAAGUGGUAUAGUAAUCUUUAGUACGCCGCCACUAUCAACAUGCAAGCGAUUAAGUGCGUCGUGGUAGGCGAUGGUGCAGUUGGUAAGACCUGCUUGCUUAUCAGCUACACAACGAAUGCCUUUCCCGGCGAGUAUAUACCUACUGUGUUCGACAAUUAUUCCGCAAAUGUUAUGGUUGAUGCGAAGCCCAUUAAUCUCGGCCUAUGGGAUACAGCCGGACAAGAGGACUAUGAUCGCCUACGCCCGUUAUCGUACCCGCAAACGGAUGUAUUCCUUAUCUGCUUUUCGUUGGUGAAUCCAGCGUCAUUUGAGAAUGUACGCGCCAAGUGGUAUCCAGAAGUGCGUCAUCAUUGUCCAAACACGCCCAUCAUAUUAGUCGGAACGAAAUUGGAUUUGCGUGAUGAUAAAAAUACGAUCGAAAAGCUACGAGACAAGAAAUUAGCUCCAAUAACUUAUCCACAAGGAUUGUCUAUGGCUAAAGAAAUUGGUGCUGUUAAGUACUUGGAGUGCUCGGCACUUACGCAAAAAGGUCUGAAGACAGUAUUCGAUGAAGCCAUACGCUCCGUUCUUUGUCCAGUGCUGCAGCCCAAGUCUAAACGUAAAUGUACGUUACUCUAAUUUGCCGCUAGUUCAAGCCGUGCGUCAACAAGUAGGCGUCACGAUCCAAGCGGAAGGCAAUACAAUUAAAGCCUAAACGGGAAAACGCCCAUCGCUUGCAAACAAUAAAAUCGGAACCGAAGAGAGAAAUCAAAACUAACCAGAAAAAUAAAAAAUCGUUUGAAAAUAACUAAAAUAACUUUCUAUACGACGCACUCGAAAAUGCUGUGGUUAGUCGAUAGCGAAAAAUAAUCAUAGGAAUCAUAUUUGAUGUUAAAUGUAGUCAUGUCAUUAUCGUCUAUGAAAUUUCUACGCUAAUCUAGAGAAAGAUUCACAGUUAAUUGUUCUUGUAUAACAAUUCAAGUUGGUACCAUUUAUUUUACACCUUACUCCAUAUGUAUCUAUGUAUAUCUACAUUUGCAACGCUACACUAUCAGCGGGAAUGACUAAUUGCAUUAAUUUCACUCUGCCCUAUAUUUACAUAUGCGAGUUGAAUAGCCAAGCGCAUUGAGUACUAUUGACAACAAUAGCAAUGUACGCACAUACAUACAUACUUUGGCUAAUUAUGUACAACUUAAAUUGUUUAAUGAAUUGAUAUAAUUACAUUAUGUUUUCUUGUAAAUGUUCCAUUGUGCAUUAAUUUAAAACUAAAAGUUUUGAUGUCUAUUUAAAAAUUAAAAUAAUGGCUAUAAACGAUGCAACCAAUUAUAACAUCAUAAAUAAAAAAGUGCUUUUUUAUUAUUAAAAUAACUAAACCACAUUCAAAAUCAAAGCAAAUUGCAAUUGAGUGGAAAAUGAUUCAAACAAAAAAAAAACUUAAUAUUCAAUUAAAUUGAACGUAGAAUCGUGUUCGAACAGUUCAUAUAGAAGAUAGGAAUGCAAAAUAUUAUCUACUUGUAGUUGCUGUAAACCAAAUGUUAGCCAUCUUACCAAAAAUUAACUAUUGGCGUUUCCCUUUCUAUCGAAAAAUGUUACCUUCUCAUUGCGCACUUGGCACAAACAGUAAGAAGAGGGCAUUGAGAAGACAACACUUUUUGUAGACAAGAAAACGCCAUCGAAAUUCAUUAAUAAAAUUGCCAUACACACAUCCAUACAUACAUACAUACGUAAUACAAAACUACAUAAUUAAAUGUUUGCAAAUUGUAUGUAUAACGUAUUGUAAUUGUAAGAUUACCUAAAAAUCAUGCAAUGCUAAGCGAAAAUCUAAAAAAUCACAAGUGACUAAAUUUCCUUGUUAAAGUACGAUUUGUAAUACAUACGUUUAAAUAAUAAUUUCUUUACAUGUACUAAAGGCACAAUAGAUAUGUAUUGGAUAUAGUAUGGACAUAAUUUUAAGUAUGUACGAACCAUACAUUCAUGUUCACAAAAGCUCCAUUCAUGCAGAUAUACUUUUUAUGACUACUCCAAAGGAUUAAUUGACAUUAAUUUCAUUACAUAUUGAUGGAAUUAAUAGGAACUAACUGAAUGUGUGUCUCUGAAAAAAUAAUAAUAAAGUAAUUUGCAAAGAAACGA